UGUAUGUAAAAGUAAUCCAACAGCGAUUUCUUCCUUUGAAGACGUACUCUUCCCGAUUUUUCAAGGAAUUUUACAACAAGAUAUUCAAGAGUUUAUUCCGUAUGUUUUCCAAUUAUUAUCUCUAUUAAUGGAACUCACCCCGCCUGGUGCGAUUUCGGAACCGUACAUGCAACUUUUGCCCUGCUUGUUAGCCCCAGUUUUAUGGGAGCGACCCGCGAAUAUCAGCCCACUUGUACGACAACUUUGUGCAUAUCUUACCCAAGCAGCACCACAAGUUAUUGCACAAGACAAAUUGGGUGGGUUUUUGGGCGUUUUUCAAAAAUUGGUCGCUUCUAAAACCAAUGAUCACGAAGGAUUUUAUUUGCUGCAAACAAUUAUUCAACAUACUCCAACAGAAGCACUGGCGCCCUACCAUAAACAAAUCUUCUUCCUACUGUUUCAAAGAUUGUCUUCAAGUAAAACAACAAAAAAAAGAUUAUGUAUGUAUUUUACUAACAAGUAA